GUCGAAGCCAAUAGCGAAAGUUGUCUGGCUUCUCGACUUCUUGCUGAAACUGAAAGCGACAGACAGCACACUAUUCUUUGCUUCUUUCUUCCACGGACACCGUGUCAGUUCUUUAGUUCUUGCAUGUGGUUGCAGUGUAACGUACUGUGUGUGUGAACGCUGCUUUAGAAGUGCCGAUUUAUGGACUGAAUAGUUUGCUGACUGGGAGCUCCAGGUUCGUGUCUCCCUGCCGCCGACGUCCCACCUGAUACGGCCCUGGACUCUUUGACCCUCCUGCAGGCCCUUAGAACCAUGACCGCCAUGCAUUUAUUAUUCCCACUCAUCAUUGCUGUCGCAUUGGCAGCACCAACACCUCAAGAAAACUCAGUAGAAACAUCAAAAUCCCAAUCCAACCCAGAAUAUGUCUACAUACAAUCAACUGGACCAGGUUCCAGAACGAUCUCAAGAAAGGACAAAACCGAACCUGAGAGGCCUUUUGAAACCUCCCACAAACUACCACCAAGUUUGACUUUCUUACUCAAACCCACAGAAGACGAAAACGAAGAAGAAGCAUCAAAAACUGAAGAAUCAAAGAAAAUAGUGAAGAGAGCAGCUCCAGCUCCUGCUGGUGCCAUUAGAUUAGACGUCAAAAAGCUCCUUGAAAAAUACAAGGAUGAGUUGGUUACAAGUACUACAACAACACCAAAACCAACAAGUAAAACAACACGCAGGAAGACUAGAGCUAGGACAGAUCAGAAAAAAACAGAAAACCGAAGGGUUAAGAAGAGCGCAGAAGUAACAACAGUUAGUUCAGUACUCACCACCAGCAAGAUUGAACCAAAGGCUGUAGAUGACGAUGUGCCUUUGUUAGCAAGUGGAAGUGAGAAACAAAGAUCUAGAAUUCAGAUAAAGAAAGGUCCCAAUGGACAAGAAUACGAAUACGAAUAUGUUUACUACUAUUACGAUGAAGAAGAUGAUGCCAAAGACUCCAAGGAUAAGCAGCCACUGAAAGAUGAGAUAACUAAUGCUCACGAUGGACCUGCAAGAAACGAGAUAGUAGAAAAGUCUACGCUCCCUUCACGUCGAAGGACAACAGAAGCAACUAAAACAACAGUGGCACCGGAAGUCAAUGAAGUAGUACCUUCCUCCACAAGAAGUAGGGGUAGACAUGUCGUCCAACACAGUGAAGAAGCUGUGGCAGAUGAGAGACUUCCAGCGAGUACAAGAUUUCCACCAAGGAGCAGAAAUUUGAACACCACACCUCUAGCUGAAGAGGCUAGCACGGAGAAACCUGCAAGCACGUCUAGACCUCGAAUCAGAAGGCCACAGAAAGAGAACGUGGAGUCUGAUAAUGUCACAGAUGAGACCCAGGGAUCACGUGGUCGUACUCGUGCCAACGUUAAGAGACCAUCCUUAGAACUCAUCGACAGCGACACUUUCAACACAAACUACAACGCAGCUGCUCCCCAAUCUGAUCAACAGGGUGGUCCUUCUUUCCCAACCGAUCUUCCAGCAGGUCCAGUUCGUUUUCUUGGAGUAACACCAAAUGAAAGUGUCAAUUUACCGUCUCCAUCAAAUGAAGCAAAACCUGAAGAAGUUUCAUCAUCCACACAAGAUGAAAAUCUGGUGUCUGAAAAGGUCAAGGAAUCUACAGUUACUGAGGAAACUGUUGGAGCUACAGAUCCUAUGGAUAAAGUAGCCUUGGACCUUUAUGCCAUUUCGCAAGGAAACCAAAAACUACUUGGUGAAGACUCCAAUCAAACUGACGGUGAACUUGAAAAAGAAUCAGAAGAGGAUGUCACAACAGAACAAUCAACUACCACAACCAUGCCAACUACGACAACAACGACCACAACUACUACAACCACUCCAGCACCAACAACUACCACUACAACAACUACUACCACUACUCCAGCGCCAUCUACUGAAGGAUCACUUUUUGGUAGAGGUCGCUACAGAGGUAGACCUGGCAACAAAAAAACAACCAAUCAUUCCACAACAACUGAAAGUUCGGCCUCGGAGGGUAGCAGCAAACCUAAGAAAUUCGGUGGAAACAGAUCUUCUUUCGGUGGCAGAAGAACAGGAGCAAGAACUUCCACAACUGCUUCACCAGAUGAAGAGAAGAUUUCUAAGGAAAACUCCAAACCUUUGAACAGUGGAAAACCCAAUUCCCGUGGUCGAUUCGGUUCAGGCAACAGAAGCAGGGCCCGAACUACACCAAGUCCUUCAGAAGAAAAUCCAGAGUCCAAUAGCGUCUCUCCAUCAACUAGCUUUCCAAGACCAUCCCGACCAAGACCUACCUUCAACAUUAGAGGAAGGACUAGGCCCACUCCUGCUCCAGCUGCAUCUGAAGAAACAUCACCGGGUGAAGAAAACAGUGCCACAAGUGAAGCCAGCGUUAGUACUACAGCUAAAUCUAGAAGAAUCCAACCUGGUGCUCAUUCGGCAGUUAGGCCAUUGAGACCUGGACCUAGGCUCAACUUAUCUAACAGGCGUAUAGGAAAUCAUGGACCUACUAGCACGUCGACUGAAGCAGCAGUACCAGAAGAUAACGCAACAGGAGAGGAAGAAGCACCAAAAGUAGAGGAAAAAACGGAUGAAGAAGCUGCUGAGCCUGCGCCUCCAGUAGACAACAACCCAAUCAACCGUCUGCGAAACAGAAAUAGGAUUCAAGUUGGAUCAGCUUCUAGACCUAAAGCCUCUGCAAGUUCGCCAGUUCAGGUUCGUAGAGUGAAUCCCUUAUUAGCCAGAAAGAGACCUGGUCAAAAAGUAGAACCAUCAACUGAAGCUCCUGCUGAAACUGAAGUCACCGAAGCUUCGACAGAUACUGAAGAAGAACCUGCAGAGACAGUAGCAGUAUCUUCAACUACAGAAGAACCAAAAGGAUUGAGCAAACUGUUAGCUGGUAGGAGAAGGUUAGCUGGAAACCAUAGACUUCCUGGUAGAAAUUGAUAAAAAGAUCUCUCAAUUUAUAUUUACAAAUACUUUCAUUCAAAAAGGUAUUAAACAAAUCAUAUCAAAAAGGUAUCAAACAAAUCAUAAAAAUAUUUGGAUAAAAAUACUCAAAGUGAACUCAAAUUAUGAGUGAUUAACUAAUCAAUCAUUUACGUUGUGGAGACCAUGAAGUAUUUCAUUACUGAACGAGAACUUUUGGAAAACAGUUGAUUGAUAUUCAAAACUAUAAUUUUUUUUUUAGUAACUAGUUCUCUCUUUGUACAUAUAGAUAAGAGUAAUUAAGUUAAAUCAAUUUCAAAUUAUUCCACUAGUUAGAGACCAGUAUGCAAAUAUUUAUUAGGUACCUAUUUUAUUUUUUUUUUUUUGUAUCUCUGAUAUAAGCGAAUGUACACUCGAAAUUAUCCUUGUAUGUGUUUAUCCCAAAACUGCUUAUGUGUACUUUUUUAAUAAAAAGUCUAAUCAAU